AUGUCAGCAGACAGAGAAGCAAAUAUUGCAAGAGCAAAAGAAAUUUUCAAGAGAUUAAAAGAAGAGGAUACAACCAAUAAAAUUUGUUUUGAAUGCAGAUCAGCCAAUCCACAAUGGGCAUCAGUUUCAUAUGGUAUUUACAUUUGUCUAGAAUGCUCAGGUGUUCAUAGAAGUUUAGGUGUUCAUUUAAGUUUUGUUAGAAGUUUAACUAUGGAUCAAUGGUCAGAUGUACAAUUAGAAAAAAUGAUUCAAGGUGGUAAUUCUAAAGCUAAAGAAUUCUUCAAGAAACAUGGUAUUCCAGAUGAUGCCAACAUUAAGGGAAAAUAUAAUACAGAGGGUGCUCGUUUAUACAAAGAUAAACUUAGUGCAUUAUCAGAGUCAAGGGCUUGGAAAGAGCCAGAGGCAAGAGCUGCUAAGGUUUCACCAAACACCACUUCAACUGCUUCAUCAUAUUCAGCACCAAAAAAGAAUAAAGGUAUCUUUGAUGAUGAUUGGGAAAAUACUUCACCACCACUUCAAUCAGUAAAUAAAUCAUCACCUUCUUCAUCCAAACCAACCUAUAAUAAAUCUGUAAAAUCAAUUUCAAGUGGUGGUGGCGACUGGGAUAGAGAAGAUAACAAUAGCUAUAACUCACCGGCACCAAAAUCAAAAACUGCUUAUAGCAGUAGCAAUAGUUAUAGUAGCAGCAGCAAUAGCAAUAGUAGUUAUGGUGGUGGUGGUGGUUAUAAUAGUGGGGGCAUUGGUUAUAACAGUAGUAAUAAUAGCAGCAGUUAUAAUAGUUACAAUAGUAGUAAUAGUAGUAACAGUAGCAGUAACAGUGGAACAAAAGAUUAUGGUAGAAAUGUAAAAUCAAUUUCAAGCGAUAGCUAUAAUAGAGAUAAUAGCAGUAGUAGCAGUAGUAAUGUUCAAAAAGAUUAUAGCAAAUUUAGCGGUGCUAAAUCGAUUUCAAGUGACCAAUAUUAUGGUGAUUCAGAUGGAGGUUAUAAUAGUAGUGGUAGUGGUGGCGGUGGUUAUAAUAGUUAUAACAGAGGUAGCGGUAGUAGCGGUUAUUACAAUAGUUCCGGAUCAACAUUAGAUUAUGGCUUUUCAUUAUUAAAUGAAGGUUUUUCUAGAUUGAGCACUGUUGCUUCAGUAGUUUCAUCAAAGGUUCAAGAUGGCACUUUAUUAACCGAAGCCCAAUCAAUGGUUUCAACAUAUAUUCAAAAAGCAAAAGAUGUUAUUGAUGGUAACGAGGGACCAAGUUAUAAUGGUAAUUCAUAUAAUGGUGGUGGUUAUAAUGGUAAUGACGGUGGCAUUGAUAAGAAUUCAAUCUAUGAUCAAUAUACUGGCGUCAAUUCAAAUGGGUAUAAAAAUAGUCCAUUUAAUUCAAAACCAAAUAAUAAUUUAAAUAAUAGUGGUUUAUCAAAUUCAACAAACUCAAGUUCAUCCAAUAAAUCAAAUAAAAAGCAAUCUGAAGAAGAAUUUGUUGGAUGGCAAGUUGAUGAAGAUGAAGAGGAAGAAGAGGAAGAAAGAACUCCACCUCCAUCAAAAAAUAAUAAAUCAAAAAAUAAUAAUAAUAAUAAUAAUAAUAGUAAAUCAUUUAAAAAUAAUAAUAAUAAUAGAUUCGAUAGUGAUAAUGAAGAAGAGGAAGAAGAAAAACCAAUACCAAAGAAACAACCACCACAACCAAAGAAACAACCAAGUGAAGAUGAAAAAGAAGAAGAAGAGGAAGAGGAGUCUUGGGUUUGGAAAGAUGAUUCACCAAAAAAACCAAAAAAUACAAAUAAAAAUAUUUCAACUUCAACACCAACUAAACCUCAAUCAAAGAAAAUCUCUGAUUGGGAUGAUUGGGAUAAUUAA